AUGUCAAGGUAUCUUCGAAAUUCGAGCCAGCUUGCACGUCUGGCCAGACUAUCGCAACGGUGCAGCUUUCAGCGCAGCCUGAGAUUCCCCGUUGUUUCAGCAUCUACUUCGUUACGGACGCUGCAGGCUCCGUAUGGCAUCUGUGUGAGGUACUACUCCUCCUCCAAGCUUCCGCAGUCGGACGAGCCGGAUUCCGACAAGGAUCACGAAUCCAAGUCGCCCAAGGACCGCAAAGUCGCAGAGGAGGAGUCCCCCGAGGGUGAGAAUGACGAGCAUGCAAACAAGGCGGCACCUCUCCCAGAGGGAUGGAUCCGCUUAUCAAAGGAAGAAAUUGCCCAGCUGGAAGCUUUCCAACUGUUGCUGCCAGAAGGACAAAAAGCCACCUUGAAAAAUAUACUUCACGGAUUACAGCAUAUCGGCGCCCCUGCUGAAGUGCGGGAUAUGCUGCAGAAAAUGCGCAAGGGCCCUGGCAACCUGUCAAUUCUUGACAAGGGUCGACUUAUGAGAUGCGUGUUCGUCAUGGCCGAGCGGAUGGCUAAAUGGGAAGCGGAAGAGCAAAGAAAGGGACGCGGCAUCUUCACAAAGAAUCCAAAACCGAACCGAAGCCAGAGAGACGAUGAGACGGGCAAGGGCGAUACCGAUUUCGAAGCCCGCGACAAGAAGUCGGACGAGGAGAGCGGAUCGCAGCAGCAAGGGGGACCAGGACAACCCAAGAAGCCGGAGAGAAGUGGUUGGGUGGACGCAAUACAAGCUGGCAUCGUUCUGGGUAUCACCCUGGCGGUUGGGGAUGCGCUCCUCAAGCCAUUCUAUGAGAAGGAGAUUACGUGGCAAGAGGUGCGCACGGCAUUUUUGGACAAAGGUCUUGUGCGGAGAAUGGUGGUAGUCAACGGCUCACAGGUCCGCCUUGAACUGCAUCCUGAAGCGACUCAAGGCGAGGCUGGCAAGAAUACCUACGUCUUCACCAUUGGUUCGGUAGAGUCGUUUGAGAAAAAGCUCGAAGAAGCACAGGAUCAGCUGGGCAUUCCGGCCUCGGAGAGGAUUCCUGUUAGCUACCAAGCAGGUGGCAGCACCAUCGGAAACCUGGUGUUGGCUUUCGGCCCGACACUUCUGUUCAUCGGCCUCAUUCUGUGGACCCAAAGGUCGAUGGGUGGCAGAGCUGGCGGCGGCGGCAUGUUCACCUUUGGCAAGAGCAAGGCCAAGAAAUUCAACGCGGAGAGCGCGGUCAAGGUCAAGUUCAGCGAUGUUGCUGGUCUGGAAGAGGCCAAGACGGAAAUCAUGGAGUUUGUCAGCUUCCUCAAGCAGCCGGAGAAGUUCGAGAAGCUGGGCGCCAAGAUACCCCGCGGCGCCAUCCUCGCUGGUCCUCCAGGUACUGGAAAGACGCUUCUCGCAAAAGCCACUGCUGGCGAGUCCGGCGUACCGUUCUUCAGCGUGAGCGGAUCAGAAUUCGUGGAAAUGUUUGUCGGUGUUGGUCCGUCAAGAGUCAGAGACCUGUUUGCCGAGGGCCGCAAAAAUGCUCCAUGCAUCAUCUUCAUCGACGAAAUCGACGCCAUUGGCCGAGCUCGUCAGGACAGUGGACGUGGGUUCGGGGGCAAUGACGAACGAGAGGCCACCCUCAACCAGAUCCUGACAGAAAUGGACGGGUUCAACACUCGUGAACAGGUGGUGGUGCUGGCUGGUACUAACCGCGCAGACAUACUGGACAAAGCUCUCAUGCGACCUGGCCGUUUUGACAGACACAUCUUUAUUGACAGACCGACCAUGAAUGGCCGCAAGGAAAUCUUCCAGGUAUAUUUGAAGAAGAUUGUCACCAACGAGGAUAAGGACUACCUUGUUGGCCGCCUCGCCACUCUUACCCCUGGUUUCUCUGGUGCCGACAUUUCUAAUGUGGUCAAUGAGGCAGCACUGAUUGCCGCCCGAGGGAAUGCAGAGGAAGUCAAGAUGGAGCACUUUGAGCGAGCGAUUGAGAGAGUCAUCGGUGGGCUCGAACGCAAGUCCCUUGUGUUGAGACCAGAGGAGAAGAAGACUGUGGCUUAUCACGAGGCGGGCCAUGCCAUCUGCGGAUGGUUCUUGCGCCAUGCUGAUCCCCUACUCAAAGUUUCCAUCAUCCCACGUGGCCAAGGCGCCCUGGGUUACGCCCAGUAUCUGCCGCAAGAUGCCUACCUGAUGAACACGAACCAAUUAAUGGACCGCAUGGCGAUGACGAUGGGAGGCCGUGUUUCCGAGGAGCUCCACUUCCCUACAGUGACUACGGGUGCCAGUGACGACUUCAAGAAGGUGUCACAUAUGGCCCGCAACAUGGUUACGCAAUGGGGCAUGUCGGACAAGGUCGGACCGGUGUUCUUUGAGAACGACCCGAACCGGCUCCAGAAGCCGUUUGCAGAGGCCACUGCGCAGCAAAUCGACCAGGAGGUGCACAGAAUAGUUGACGAAGCCCACAAACGAUGCAGGGAUCUGUUGAUGGAAAAGAAGAAGGAAGUGGGCCUGAUUGCAGAGGAGCUGCUGAAGAAGGAGGUGCUUGUACGAGAUGACAUGGUUCGAAUACUCGGCAAACGACCGUUUGACGACAACGAGGACUUUGAAAAGUACUUUGGCGGAGGAAAGGAAGCCAGUGCGCCGCCGCCGUUCCCUGCCGAUGGCAUACCUACUGAGACGGACACGCCUGGCGACGAACAACCGACCCCAGCGCCAGCUUUCAAGGAGCAUGCUGAUGGGUCGAGGUGA